CGACGUCCUUCCCUUUCAGAGCAGAUGUCUCUGUGUUCCGAAAGCGCAGGACCAAUUUCAACGAUCAUAUCAUGAUGCCUUUAACGCGACAGUUACCAUUACCAGCUGACAGUCUCUCAACCUUAUAUUAGUCAAGGAUCAAAUGCUCAUGGCAUCGAGGAGCAUUUUUCGCGUAGCCUACACCACAGGCUCUUCUGAGCGCCGAUCCAUCAUGGAUCCGUGUGCCAACAAUCCACGGGCUACUAUGCACGAGCGCACGUCCGGUCCCUGUCUAUGAGCUCGAUCAUGGUAUAAAGCGCAGAGUGUUUGGAGGCAUCGUUCUCAGGCCUGACCCCGUCCAGCCAUUUCCAAUGGCUAGUCUCAAUCUUACGCAGCUGUUUAUUGGAAAUAUGGUCGGCGCUGCUCUCGAUUCCGCGCUUUGGGGUGCGGGAUGCAUGCAGCUGUACGUACCAGGUACCCCGUUUUUCUACUUCGUCAACUACAGGACUGACCACUGGGCACUGAAACUUCUGGUUAUGGCCCUAUGGUUGACUAACACGGCCAUUACUGCGCUAACUUUCGCAACGGUCUUCCUCACCAUCACCAGUCAAAGCCUUGAAGGCCUUGUUCUCCCAUCGUCUGUCGUUAUACGCACCUUGCUCUCGAACGUCAUUGCGGUGGCGGUCCAGUUCUACUUCCUUCGGCGCAUCUAUCACUUUUCUACGAAGGGUUGGAUUAUUGUGACUUGCCUGGCACUCGCUGGAGUGAUCUCUUCUUAUCAACUAGUCUGCGGUUCAUUGUACACUGUUUGGGCCUUACCGAAAAACGUUCCGAUAGCAGUUUCCCUCACAAGCUCCCGUGAUGUGUCUAUGGAAAUUAGCUGUCGAGCCGUCUCUUCUUUCGUGGACACCCUCAUCGCGGCAUGGAUGACAACCCUUCUCCUGCUGAAGAGGCACAUACGUUUGCUACCAAGGUCAAGCGAACUCAUCCAUAAUCUUCUGAUCUUGACGAUAAACACUGGCCUCUGGACUGCCAUCAUCGCACUCGUCGAUUUCAGUCUGGUUGCGUGGCGUCCUACCGGCGUCGUCUACGCCGUCUUCGAGUACCCACUCGCUUCCCUUUACUUCAACACGCUCCUUGCCAAUCUCAACAUCCGCAAACACUUCCGCCGCGGCCAAAUCGUGGAUCUCAAGCCUAUAGCGCAGUCCGGCUCUUCUUCAAGCGGGACGAGCGGGAGAAGCAUAGGCACCGGCGAGAUACCCCUCGCCCGAAUGCCCCAUCGUACGGCGCUUGGGCAGUCUGAGGACAGCUCUUUCGCUAUCCGGAUAGACAGGUCCAUGGCUGUUCGAAGCGACGACGACUCAUCACACGAGUUGAAAGAUGUCAAGGUUUGAGAGAGCACUUCGCCGGGCGAGUUUCAGCAAUUCCUGUCUUAUGAUUCAGACUCCACGGCUCAAAAUCGGACGUCGGACCCCGAACUACGCGGAGCACGCUGACCUCAAAGGCCCGAAUCUCUUGAUCUUGUAUACUCACCGCCACGCGUCUUCUAUUUAUAUCAAUGUACGCAAUACACUGUGUGUUGCAGGUUUCUAAGUAAUGCUUGUAUAGAGUAUAAGGCAGACAGCGCGGAGUAUCAAACGGACGCCAGCGUCUGGAGCGCCCUAGGCGCAUCAAUUGUAAUUACGGAUCAAGUCGGGGCGGCGCACCGCCUGAUGCGCAUCAUUCCGUCGUGGCACAGGCGUC